AUGUGCGGCGGGGACCAGUCGAGCUUGGCAAGUGACCAGUAUGUUACGCCCAAGAACUUGAAGCCAGUUCCAAAGGACCAGGCCAAGCCUGGGGACCUGAUCGUGGAGGAGUUUCCCAUCACUUUUGGGGGCUACUGUUACAAGUUCGGGCGGAUCGCUUAUGUCAAGGGUCGUGAUCCUAGACCGGUGAUUCUGGUCCACCACAACUACUGUGGCCUGAAACAGUUUGAUGUGGAUCAAGCGUGCUUCAUUGCAAGGGCGGGCUAUGUGGGCGUGGCCGUGGAUCUGUACCAGGAGACUCCUUCUUUUACUUGCUACGACAGGGCAAGGGUCUCCGGACGACCGGUCGAUCGAGAUGGCUUUCACGCUUGCGCCAAAGCUGAGAAUCUCUUGCAGCGAAAUCCCUCGGAGUACAGCCCGCAAGAGUUGGACCUGUUCUUCAAUGCUAUGCCAAAGGAUGCACAAGGCAGAGUAGACUUUCAGUUGGUUCGGAAUUUUCUGGGUGGGUUCAUUCAAAUGCGUCGGGUCCUUUGCGACCCAGCUGGCUGGCGGGAUAUGAUGAAGGCAUACUUGGAGAAAGCCUUCCAGCAUCCUGCAGUGAAGAAGGGCUUGGCGGGAGCUUUUGGCUACUGCUUGGGUGGUCAAAGCUGUUUGGAACAUGUGCGUGCAGGUCAUCCAGUGCAGGCCGUUUGCACCUUCCAUGGGCUGCUGCACUCCAGACCCACCACCGAAGCUGAACCCUUCAACUCUGCCAAGCGCGUUCCCAAGGAUGAGUACGAUGCAAAGAUUGCCGCACCGAACAACUACAACACGGAGUGCCGAGUUCUCAUCGAGAACGGCGAUUUGGAUCAAGAAGUUCCCAAAGACACGAUAGUAGACUUUGCUCAGGAGAUGGAUGCGCAGAAGAUCGACUGGCGCUUCAGCAACCACGCACGGGGACCCCACGGAUUUGCCUUGGGCAAGGGAGUCCCAGGUUGCGAGUAUACCGAACAUAUCGAUAGGCGUUCCACGAUUUCAAUGCUGAACCUGUUUGCGGAGACGUGGCCUGAGUACGAGCAGUAUCCUGUUCAAUGUAACGCCUCCGGAACGGACCUCGCGGCCAGACUUCCUCCAAAGCGCUACAGGCAGCAGCUAUUGGGUACCACUGCCUGCGCAUUUAUCGCUGGUGCUGCCAGUGUUGCUGCACUUUCGCUUCUGAGGAGCCGAUUUUGA